AUGUCUCUUAAGUCCAUUGUUUACCUCUUCUCGGCAUUAAUUCUGUGCUCUAUAGGUGUAUCUGCUUCGGCAAGCACCUACUCACCGGUAGCAUUGAUGCUGCCCUCAUUUACCAAGGAAUGUCUUUACUACGAUUUGACCUCCAAUGACGACUCAAUUGUUAUAAGUUACCAAGUUCUGACUGGUGGCAACUUCGAAAUCGAUUUUGAGAUCAAAUCACCCGAUGGAUCCGUAAUUGCCACGGAAAAGCAAAAGAAAUAUUCUGAUUUUCUGCUGAAAUCGUUUGGUUUGGGCCAAUAUUCGUUUUGCUUUUCCAACAGUUACGGAACUGCCCUCAAGAAAGUGGAGGUAACUCUUGAACUCGAAAAAGAAAACUUGGGUGCCAACUCAGCUCCGGAAAAUGCCAUUUCAAUCCAUUCGAUCGAAGAAAUAGAGAGAAACCUCAACAAAAUCACCAAGAUGAUGAACUAUCUCAGAGCCAGAGAGUGGAGAAACAUGUACACUGUUAAAUCCACCGAGAGCAGACUUGUAUGGCUUUCCAUGUUGACCAUGGGGUUGAUGGUCGGUGUCAGCGUGGUGCAAGCCGUGAUUGUACAGUUUUUGUUCAAAGAUCGCCAGAAAAACUACGUAUAG